GACGGGGGCACACCACACGCCACGCCACCACGGGCGCGCCAUGGAACAAAAGCAACCCGGCCGGCGAGGACCAGACGACCAGCCCAACCCCAAACCCGAACCAACCCCGCCGUCUCCAUUUCACUCCUCCUCCCUCUCCCUCCCUCUCCUCCGUUCCAAUUCGGUUGCGACUUCAAACCUGCGACCCCACCAACCAACUCUCCCCUGCCGUGCCGUGCCUGCCCGCGCACGCCCCCGCGCCGAGCUUGCCCCGCCGACCCCGACGACGAGGAGCUGAGCGAGCGAGUUGCACGCCGCUUCUGGUCUGAGAUACCUAUCUGUCUGCCUGACUGAUUACCCGGCCGCCCGGCGGUGAGUUCGGCUUCAGCCAUAUCAUAUGGGGUGCGUCUGCUCGAGGCGGUUCCCCGAGGAACCGGCGCCGCCGCGGACGCUCGCCGGCGCCUACACCGCGCGCCGCGGCCGGUACGGGCCCGGGGACUUCGACUCCGGCGAGCUCGCCAUCCCGCCACCCAAGCCGCCCCCGUCCCACAAGGUAUCAGAAACAGGUACAUUCUUGGGAAGAGCUAGCAUUGCUGGUCUGGAAAAGGCUGUUGAGGUGUUAGAUACCCUCGGGAGCAGCAUGACAAGUUUGAAUCAUGGCAGUGGCUUUCUCUCUGGGGGAACGAAUCGUGGAAAUAAAGUCUGUAUUUUAGCAUUUGAAGUCGCAAAUACAAUAGCUAAAGCUUCUGGUUUGUGGAGGUCAUGCUCUGAUGAGAGUAUUAAAGAGCUCAAGGGAGAAAUUUUGCACUCAGAUGGAGUGCGAAUAUUGGUUUCCUCAAAUACCAGUGAGCUGUUGCAUAUAGCUGCUAUUGAUAAAAGGGAAGAACUUGCUGUCUUUUCAAGAGAAGUCAUACGGUUUGGCGACCUCUGUAAAGAUCCUAUCUGGCAUAACUUGGGACGAUAUUUCAACAAGUAUGCCCCUGAAAAGUUAACAACAGAUAAUACGCAUCAGGAUCAUUCAAAGGAGAGUAUGGAGGCUACUGUCCAGUAUUUGAUUAAUUUGGCGCAAAACACUUCUGAGCUCUACCAUGAAUUGCACGCUCUGGACAGGUUUGAGCAGGAUUUUAGAAGGAAAUUUCAUGAAGAGGAGUCUGUGCCAGCGGCUAGACGAGAGAGCAUUAUGAUAUUGCAUAGUGAGCUAAAGCGCCAGAGGAAGAUUGUGAAAAAUCUGAAGAAGAAAUCCUUGUGGUCUAAGACUUUGGAAGAGAUUGUGGAGAAACUUGUGGAUAUUGUAAUCUUUUUGCAUAAACAAAUCCGAGAUUCAUUUAAUGAAGCUGUUCCUGCAGGAACCGACUUCGAUUCCAAGAAUACUCAGAACAAAAGGCUAGGUUCCUGUGGUCUGGCUCUACAUUAUGCUAAUAUUAUCAAUCAAAUUGAAAAUAUAGUUUCUCGGCCCCUUUCUCUUCCUCCUAGUUCUAGAGACAAUUUGUACCAUGGUCUGCCAAUAACAGUAAAGUCAGCUCUGCGAUCACGACUGCAAUCAUAUAACACAGAAGAAGAGCGUACGGUAGCUCAAAUCAAAGCUGAAAUGCAGAAAACUCUUCGCUGGCUUCUGCCGAUAGCAGAAAAUACACUAAGAGCACACCAAGGGUUUGGAUGGGUCGGCGAAUGGGCAAACCUUGGGAGCGACAUGGGCAAGAAAUCAGGUUCCCAGCACAGCAUCACCCGGAUCCAGACGCUGCACCACGCCGACAAGGCCACGACGGAGCACUACAUCCUGGAGCUGGUGGUGCUCCUCCACCACCUGGUGGUCCAAGUGAAGAACCGGGGCUACGGGAACAGCAAGUCGACCAAGUACGAGCGUUCCCGAUCCAAGGGUGGGCCGACGGACCUGCGGCCGCCGGAGACCCGGCACAACACGUCGCCGGUGAGCGCCGCCAGCGUGGCGUCGAGCCCGCUGUCGGACUGCGAGCGCGCGGCGCUGGCCCGGCUGAGCUUCAGGAGGGCGAGCUACGGUCGGAGCCAGAGCUGCGAGCCCCCACCCGAUAGGGCCAGGGGGAGCAGCAAGGCGCACCGGAGCUGGGACUCGUGCCGGAGCCAGGGCAGCUCGCCGGCGAGGGAGCGCGGCAGGGACAUGGCCGUGGACCGUGACGCGGCGAGGGACCUUGAUGUAAUCGAUGGCUUGGAUUUGGAUAGACUGACUUCCUCCUACUCGCACCCGUCAUCCCCAACGUUUUGCUAGAGAGAUGAUGAUCAUCGUAGGUUCUCCUGAUUCUUUUGCUGCUGCUGCUGCUGCUGCUGCUUUGCCCGGCUCAUCAUCGUAUAUGUUGUAUAUGUGUGAUUUGUCUAUAUUUAAUUAUCGUAGUUUACGUACAUAUAUACAUGAUUCCGUGUUGUUGGCUUGUUGCCUGCGAUCGAGUGGGAAUUAUAUAUAAAAGCGAGAUCACAGGUGAUGUUUGAAUUCUUUGAAUUUAACGACAA